CACUCACAGGGACGAGCUCACACCGCCACAGCUCCAAACUCACUGAAACUCAUCAUGGAUUUUUGUUUCGCGACUUUUGCUGCUCUUUUCUUGCUCUUCUCGGCUGCAUCCUGCGCUCCGGCCGGCCACAGCCUGCACGAUGCAUGUGCGGCUGUACAGAGGAGCUCUCUGGAGCUUAAUCACCUUGCCAAAGGUGUAUCAGUCGAGGCACGAAAUGGAUCCAAACAUAUGGGUACUUUCACCACCAAUCUUGUCUGGAUGGAGGCUAAAGACAUGUGUGAUCCCGAGAGCCUCAGACAGAAGUCUGAGCCAUGCAUUAGCAAGAUACACGAUGUCCUAAUGAGCUACAACUCCUUAAUGAAGAGGCUUGAGCAAUUUUCCAGCUGUGCAAGGUUUGCCAGCAAAGUGAUGCCAGCGAUGCACAAACUGCACACAGAUAUGAGCAAAUGUGUGAAUGCGAUUACAGGAGUGAAUCCCCACAAGCACAUCAGUAAUGAAGAGACUCAUCCCAUGAUGCCUCGCUGGGAGCAGAAUCUGCUCUGCCGCUACACCCUGGACAGACUCUUCUCCUUCUCCAUCCUCACCGCUCGGGUCUUUGCCGUCGGUGACCCGGCUCAUCACGCCGAUGGCUCUGCUCAGAAAUGCUUGUAGAACAUGAGAUGUCGCUGACAUGAAUCGUACUAUCAUCCUUUAUUUGAUCACAUUGAUCAAAGUCUUUUGUACAGCCUUCAGCAGCUGACUAUGUAUCUACAACAGUAUUUCCACUCAUUUCUACAAUGUAUACAUGCAGUGUAUUUCCAAUGGAAUUAUUA